AGUUGGCAGCGUUGCGUGGAAAAGAAAUAAAUAAUCAAAGCGACCAUGAAGUGACAAAUAAAGUCGAGGUGGAGAGAACAAUGCUCGCGCGUACGACGGCAAGGUGGACACACGUACAGUCGUACAGUUGCUGCAGCGCGCGUAUGCAUCGCCGUUGAUCACCCGGGAUCGCCCGCGUCGCGAUCGUGCGUAUCCUCGCGGCGUCAACGGCGCCGCGCACCCGUCGAUCGCCCGCUACUCCGCCACCGCUCGGCGACACACAGCAGCCGGAGAGCGGAGAGGCGCGCUAUGCGCUCACCGUGGAGGCGAGGGUGAUAUACACACUCGGUAUUCGUUUUACUGCGCGCGUGGGGACUUGCCAUCGCGCUCUCGGUGCUGCUUCCAAAGCGGUAUCUGGAUUGGCGAACUCGGCCGAAUCGGCCUCUGUAUCCAGGUGGUGUGCGUGCUAGCUUCGCAGCAUCCCUCCAGUCACGGUGAAGAUAAAUAAUCGGCGAGAUAGAUCGCAGCAUCCCCCCUCCUCCUCCCCCCAUCUUCGCUGGUGACGAGUCGCGAUAGCGAUGUUUAGAGCCUCGAGAGGGUUCGUUGGUGACGUCUGGUGAACGUGUCCCCGACUCCCGGUUGACAUCCGUGCAUACGGUCGACGUUAACCUCUUUUCUCACUCUGUGUGCCGCGCGCAGCCAGCGCGUCGCGGACGCGAACUAGUGUCAGCUGGUGCUAGUGGCCAUGCCUCUUCCUUUCCCGCUGUUCAGCAACAAUAGCAGCAACAACGAGGUUUGACACGCUAGGUCGUUCGCGCACGCGACACGCUCCAAUCAUGAAAACGGAAAAGAAGCCCAACGAGCCCAGCUGUUGUCCACCUACCACAGUUGUCAAGGAUGAGCCUGACACUGAUCCGGUUAAGAUUAAGGAAGAAGCCACGGGUAGUAACGACGAUACAACUGGAGAGGAUACGGCGGAGUGCUCAAGGGAUCCCUGUAUCGAUACGUCUAACGGCGAAGGUACAAUGUCUGGGGAGAAUCAGAAUGCCAAUGGGAAUCAGUCGAUCCUGAAUUCAGUUAAACAAGAGGGAGACCCUAACAAUCCCAGCGAUGAGCUACCUGAUUAUAAUGAAUAUAUUAUUACAGCAGACAGCAUUCAACCGCUUGUUAGUAAUGUUGUGGGAAAACAGAUGGGAACUGGUGCGAGCAGUGGCGAUACUCAGUAUAUGCAACAGCAGAACCACGUUUUUGUAUUUUCUACGCAGUUAGCGAAUGCAGCAGCAGACGUAAUAUCGAGAGGCGAAUGUCCAUCGCUCAUUGCUUAUCAUUUAGAACACCCAGCCACUAAAAAAUUUUUGGAGAAACAUCCAAAUAUCACAGCGAAAUUAAAUUCUCGCUUCAAUUCUGCUCAAUGCGUAAAUAAUAUUGCUAUGAUGAAACAGAAAGGUCAUCAGGGAAAUGCAAAUAAUACUUUCUCGAAUGAACAACCUCUGGAUUUACCAGCAUUAGAUCCAAAUGCUCCACAGUUUUGGAACGAACAACCCAACUUGCGAAACAUAAAUGGUGGAAAUUCUCUCGGUAAUACCGAGCCAUCACUCGAUGAUGGAAAUCUAGACGUAGUGCCUUGCCUUGUGCCGAAUUCACCUGGUAAUUCAGCCAAUCCUCAAUCCGCUAAUAAUGCUACCAUGGGCCACAGUCCAAAUUUGUUAGGUGGCACAACGAGUCCAGGCCCAGGAAGUUUACAACCAUCGCUUCAGGGUGUCAAAGUUCCAGACGAAAAUUUGACACCGAGACAAAGGCAGCACAGAGAAGUUCAAUUAGCGACCUUGCGAAAAAUGCAGUUGAUGUUGUUUAAGGACGAACAAUCUGGCAACCCUUUGGCGGACACAACACAAGGAACGGCGGUGUCGUGUUCUACCACGAAUGUUCCUCCUAUUGGUCCCGUAUCAAAUCAAUGUUCACCGUCUAUGGAUUGGCAUAAGUUGCAGCAUCAAUUUCUCGAUGGAAAGAAUAAAGCAACGGUUGGUAAUCCGGGCGUACCGUUGCGCGGUGCUAACAUGGUCAGUGGGGUACCGCGAAGUCAAGGCCCACCACCUCCGUAUCAUCAGACGACACGAUCCGCCAGUGUACCGAUCGCGAUUCAAAGUCCAAAUCCGUCGUCGCCCAACAAUCCGACUAGCAAUCUGUCGCUACCGUCACCGCGCGCGAGUUCUGCUUUGAAUUCGCCAGCGGAUUGUAACAGACAGUUCCAGCUGGGUAAUCAGAGGACCAGUCACCUGCCGGGACAAAGUCCGACGAGUCAGGAUUCUCCGAAUCCGGUCGCGACAGCAACCGUUUCGACGACACGAUUAAACCAUAGUAAUCCAGGAACACCGGUCUCUCAUUCUCAUAUCGCUGCUCUCAGUCCUAGCGGCACUAAUGCUCAAAAGGAUACUUCUCUCGAUUUUCCUACCAAUCAACAACCAAAUGGUAAGUGGACUGGUAAAAUCAAACCGGUAAUGGAUUGGUACAGAUUGGUAAGGAUAAGGAGCAGAGUGGAUGGUAUGUUUUGCCGAACGUUACAAUCCUUAGCUCAACAGAAGCAGCAACAUCCCGGAACCGCAAUGACCGUGAAAGAAGCAAAUUUAAUGCCAGUGCCGAGCCCCCUUCAACUUCAAUAUCUUAACACGUUUGAAGGACAAGAAUUGACUAUUCAGAAACAACCUAAUACAAGUCUGAAAGAUGGCAAUUCGUCUACAAAUACAGGCAACUCUUCAGAGAUGUCCAAUAGAAUCUUGGCGGGAAAUCUUGAUAACAACAAUCAAUUCCCUACUAGAUCGGAGGGCGCGAGUCCGGUACAAAUGGACAGUAUGAACCGAGGCUUUGCAGGUUCCUUGCAUAGUCCUCACACGCCGCAUACACCGCACACACCAGGUAGCGCUGCACCGCAUACUCCAGUGGAUCCCGCGAAACCGGGCAACAAGUCCAGCGCGAGUGCACAGAAUAGUCCGACGCCGCAUAACACCAGUAUACCUGACAGUAUGGGUCCUCCACGAACGGUGCCGGCGUCACCUACUAUGAAACCCGACACAUCGCCACCAUGCGUAAAAGAUGUUCAACAGCAGCAACAACAAACGCAAUCGCAGCAACAAUCGCAACAACAACAACCCACAGUGAAUCCAAAUAAUUCUGGUAACACAACAGUGUCGUCGUUGAGCAGCGGCGGACCUGGGGGCGGACCUGGCGGUGGCGCCUCGUUCGCUUGCGGCAGGCCAUCCAUAAACGUGAGUCAACCAUCCGACAAUGUGCCUCUCAAUCCCAACAACAUAGUCGGCGGACGACUUGGUGGCUUAAACACCAUGAGUACAAAUCACUUUGACCCGAUAACGUCUCUGGCACAGAUGAGCCAGCAGCUCACAAAUACGGCGGCUAGCAAUUCGCUGGGAAAUGAACCCAUGCAUUCUGGCAAUGCUGCUGGCAUGAUGCCGUUCGGCAAUCCGCACGCCGCCGGUAUGCAUAUGAUGCAGAUGGGCGGCGAGAUGAACGGUGGCUGUCAUAUGGGCGCGAGCAGCGGUGAACCUGGUGGCGGUGAGGUCGGCGGGAUGUGCAUGGGUCUCGCAGGUCCGCCAACGAGCUACAGCCCCACUACUUCGCACACGGGCAGCCCCGGAAUUCCCAGCAAAAUGGGAGGACACUCGAUGAUGGGUGGUCAUGGAAUGAUGGGCGGUCAUUCGGGUACCGGCGGCUCAGCUGGCGGCGCUUAUCCCGGCGGCGAUCCCGGUCACGGACCUCCACCGAGAUUGAUGACCGGGCCGCAUGGAAUGGGCGGUCCGAGUCCGUAUAACGGCGCGAGCGUUCAAGUAAAGCCCAACGCGCCUAACACCAUACAGUACUUGCCGGCCAGGCCGAAUGUCGGUCACGCGCCACCCCGUGGCCCACCAAGUCUAGACUUCCUUCAGCGAUUUACCAAUCCACUAUCCAAUAUGGAUUCAAAGAUGGGCGGUUCGCCUUCCAUGAAUCUACAGUACUUCCCAAAUGGCUGCGUGCCGAACAACAUGGGGGGUCCACACAGCGGUAUGCCGUCCAGCAUGAAUACCACCGGGAUCCCCGGCAUGGGCGGCUCGCCCAGGAUGGACGGUCAGUCCAUGAACACUUCCAGCACUAUACACCCGUCCAUGAGACCAUCGGUCAGCAAUAUGCGACCGCAGUCGAAUCUGAUGCGGAUGCAGCACAUGGUAGGCGGCGGCGUCUUCCCGGGCGGCUCCAUGGAUCCCGACAAAGUCUUCCCGCCCGACAUGGUGCCGCAGAAUCUGCCGAAUCAACCGAAUCCGGCGGGCAUGUACGGUGUAUCCGGCAACAAGGCCAGCCCGAUGGGACUGGGACCGCCGCCCGAAGCUACUCAACCACUACCGCCGAGUAUGGGCGGCGCGACCGGCAAUUUCAAGAACAAUCCGUUUGGCAGCGGACCAAGUAUGUCCGAUCCGAAUUAUGCUCAACAGUUUCACAACUUCCAACAACAGCUUUACGCCACCGGUACCAGAGGCAGCGGACCGCCACAUCCUAAUUUGCAUCCGCCGCCAAACUCACACUCACAUCAGCAGUUUUUCAUGCCGAAAUAAAAAAAGGAAAGAAGAAAGAAAAACUGCUCGGUGUUGAUUGAUCCAUAUCGCGACGAUGACGACGACGAUUUUACGGUGGCCUUUCAGAGUGUCCCUCUCUUUUUCUCUCUUCCGCUCUCUUUCUAUCUUUCAUCUCUAUCAGGGAGAUGUUUCUAUUAUAACUCAAGUUAAUUCUGGAAGUGUAAACUGUGCUAUAGAUAUAUAGCAAAGCACUCUUCUAAAGGACAGAGAAAAUUAAUGAUAGUUAUCGACGAGUAUGGUUGACAGCUAUCUUCGAGGAUAAUCUUCAUGAUUGGCGUGCGAAAAUUUUAAAUUUUAUUCUUGAUUUGUUGUGGCGUUAUUUACGUAUAUAUUAUACCCAAGUUUUUUCUUCUUUUUUUUCUCUUUUAAUUUGUUGAUAACGACACUGGUCGCGUAUUUCUAAAAAAAAUGUUAUUCCGAUAAAUCUUAAUAGUAUCGUUUUUUUCACCUAAAUUUUUUAGAUCCUGUCUGUAAAUUGUGUAAUGGAGACAUGGAGUACUCGCCUACGUGUAAAUACCGAUGUACAAUCCGAUGUUUUUUUUUACUUUUUCCUUUUUUUUUUAUAAGUCGUUAUAUUUCGACCGAGGAGCAGAUUGUUAGAUUAAGAAAUACGUUAUUGUAACUAGAGUGUAAAAAGAAAGAGAAAGAGAAAGAAAACAAGCGAGAUCUCCUCUCUUUUCUUCGCGUUUCGUUUAUAACGGUUUGUUCAGAAUAAAAUAACAAUUGUGCGUACGGUACGACGAGCGAGGGGAUUCUGGUACACCGGUGCCGCGUAAUUCAUCCUUCCUUUAUCACUAAAAUACUUAAAACACAGUCAAACAAGCUCAAAUUUAUUAUUGUACAUAUAUACCAUAUACAUAUUAUACAUAUUAUAUAUAUAUACAUAUAUAUAUAUAUAUAUAUA